AUGAGAAGCACUGAAUAUUUUAUGAUUUAUCCAGUUCAUUUGAAUAGUUCAAAGAGUAUAAAAAACGGAAGACAUUACUCAUUAGACAUGACAGUUGAUAAUCCAUCUAUGGGAGAGAUUAAGAAUGCACUUAAGAACAAUAAAAUUAGUUAUAAUGAAGAAGCCAAUAGAAGACAUCCUAAAGAUUUAGAAGUAACUGGUAGAUUUAAGGUGUUUGAUAAUGAUAGGAAGAAAGUGGUUCAAAUGGUUGUUGAGAAUAUAAAAAAUUCAAGAAACAAAAAGCCUGAAAAGAUUGACAACAAGCUAAAUUUAGUUCCUAAGAAGAAGAAGUUAAAGAAAAAGAAAUAA